GUUUGAUAUGGGAGACCCAUGCCAUGUUCGACCGGCAAUCGUCGUAGGCUCUCAUUCACAUUAUCUUGCACCAAUUUGAUAGGUAGACAGCUAGCCAGCCAUAUUUGUCUUGAUUGCGCGACCUUGAUAGGUGGCGCGUCGGUCCUCCACCAUGGCAAGCUUCAAGGACUGGGCGCUGCAAUACGUCCUUACAGAGGACGAGGCAGCACUGGGGGAUAUCGCGGCGAAGGCGGCAAGAGAGAUCGAGAACUCGCGUGCCAGUAGCACCGUCGUCGGCAGUUGGGCAUCGUCCAUUCACGAGUGGAUGAGAAACGCGGCGACUAGCGAUGAUCUGGCCCACGAUGCCGGCGACAGCGGCGAUGUUAUCGCACGCGCCAAAGCCCUGGGCUUCCUCGCCUCUACCCUGGAGUCCCUGGACCGGUCUACUUUAAAGAGAGACCAGAUCCAGCGUCUCAGCGUGUUCUUCGCAUCCAUGUUCUCCUAUGAUCAUAAAGCUGGAAUCACCGCCUCGGCCCGUGCUCUUCGGCAGCUCGUUUCUGCAAAGGCCUUCAGGUCCGACGUGGGUGUCAGGAUAAUCGAGGAUGUCUGCAAGAUCCAGGAAGACUUUAGACUGCAGACAUCAGCGACGAGGCUCGAGAUUUACGAACUGUUUCUCCAACUAAUCCAGGAUCAGGGGGUUGCUAGCGAACUACAACUCAAGUAUGGCUCUUCCUGCGGGUUUGCUGGCGAUCUCCUCCAGCUCUGUCAACAUGAGAGAGACCCCAAGAACCUUAUGGUAUGGUUCAAGGUCCUUAGAAUCCUGCUCACCAACUACUCCCCGUCGGCAGAAGUGAUCGAGGAUCUCUUCAAGGCCUUUUCGGCCUACUUCCCCAUUUCCAUACGGAGCUCAGCUGCCCCAGCGGGUAUCACGGCCGAGGGCCUCAAAAGCGCCGUAAGAGAGUGCUUUUGUGCAAAUAAAGGCCUGGCACCGCAUUCGUUCCCGUUUUUGAUAGAGAAGCUCGAUCAAGGUGACGCCAUCACCGCCGCAGUCAAAGUCGAUAUUCUGAGAACAAUCAAGGCUUGCAUCGAUCAUUAUGAUGAUCCGCAGGAAAGUGUAGUUCCCUACAUGAACAAGAUCUGGACCUCCCUCAAAUACGAAGUGAGAAACGGGGAGGUGAGGGAGUCGAUUGAGGGUACUUUGGAUGUCCUCCGUUCGAUUGCGAACAAGAUGGAUGGCACUCCUACCCAGAAGCUUGAUGCCAAUCUACUGAAGAGUUACAUUGACCUGGUGUUCGGGGACUGCCACGAUGACCUCUCCAAUCCGACUUACACCAAACAAGCGGGUCUUCUCUUGACAACCGUCAUCACUUCAAAUGUCAGCGCCUUUACCCUGGAAACACAGAGAGUCGUGGAGUCUAUCAAUCAGAAUCUUCGCCAACCAAAGUCACCCUCUCAUACCCGCGACCUCUUGGGUCUGCAGAACUCGCUCCUUAGAGCAAGGGCAGCUCUUAUCGAAAACCGACAAAAUUUCCACCCUGGUGACGAAGAACGACUGGAGAGUGAGCCACUCGACCACCUGCGAGGCCUGUUCCACCAAGUCUAUUUGCCAAUUUGGCGAGACAACAGCAGCGCUCAUCCAACCGGGGAGCAGGUCGGUAUCCUGAAGGAGGAUAUUAGAGGUUUGGCACUGUUGUGCAGUCAGCAAACCGUGUUACCGGGUGGCAGCACCGCGCUUCUGAACUCGAGAGCAAUCUGCUCUGAGGUCUGCUCCCUGUUCAUCCACAGAAUCCUCAGCAGCUUAACUCUGAGCUCAAACGACAACACCAGCCCAAAAGGAGAAAUCGAAGACGAGCUAGUACUAGCCCUGCGGUCAAUCGUGAUGAGCUACAGAGAUGGUUUUGCAGCACUGGUUGAGAGCUCAAAAGCAGCUAUCAAAUCUCGGGACUGGAAAUCCCCUUCCCAACAGUCACUAGGAGCCCUUAGGGAUCUCAUGGCACGAGUAGCCUUCAUCGGCUGCUCUGAGAUUCCUUCCAGCAUUGCAAGCGACCCCUCUUCCGCCGAGAUAUAUUCACCCUUGGGCCACUUCAUUACGCUCACGGGGGCUUUACUGGAGAUAACCGAGUCACUGCUGGAAGGCAAGGCGGAUCCUACAGCGAUUGCGCUGGUACUUUCCGGCAUUCAUGGGGCAGCGCGGAACUUCAGCGAUGCUUGCCCCCCGAUACCGACACAAGGGAUCUCGGUUGUCACCGACAUGCCGGUUGACUGGCUCGAGGAAUUCAGACAAGCUACACUUGGGGCUUGUGUUAGCUCGGAUUGGAGUCGACUGAUGAAUACCCAUUACGGUCUACAAACAGAACAAGGCGGCCAGGACCUGAAUCCAGAGGCAGUUCCUGCACCCGACAAAGGGUCUCGUACACUUGAGCAGUUUACUCGGUUGAGCGUGUUUAUCAUACGGCAUCUCUACCGUCGUUUUACCGAGGAGACGCCGGCGUCCACUGGGGAUGGCACAAUCUUAAACGUAGCUGACGAGCUGGCGGCUUAUUACCAGCAAGACGUAUCAUCAGGCCCGUUCCUAUAUCAGCUGGCCAGUACGGCAUCCUUCGUCAUUCGCAGGCUAGAUGCAGGCUCCCAGCGAUGGUAUAACCUCGCUGCCGAAUCCUUCCUGUUCUUCCGAUCGCCGAACCUUUCACCGCCUUACUGGAGCAAGGAAAACGAUGGUGUCCUGAACGUGUUGACCAUGGGAGUCCUAGAAUCCUUAUGGCCAGACGCCAUGGUCGAAUUAUAUAAGCCGAAUGGCAUCGCUCAGGCUGUUAUGUGCGACAUUGAGACCACCCAGACUGGACGAGCUUCGCAAGUCCGUAACUCUAUCGUGACUAUCUUGGCCAAUAAGUACAAAGGAGGCCCGACAACUGCCGACCCCGACCGGCUGUCUUUUAAGAAUGUUCUCGAAUUCUGGAGGGCGCGCCUGGAGCAGGCUGUUGCUCCCUCUGAGCUCAAGGAUGGUACUCUCGAGUCUUACAAUGCCCGCGCACUUUCGGUGCUAGCUGGCUCUAUUGCUCGCCAAGAUAAGGACACCCUCGGUCUAGUUCCGCUUCUGCAGGCGGCUAUCGGGGCCGACUCAGCCACCGGCAAGACCAUGGCGAGGUCUAUGGAGAUACUUGUCCGGGAGAAGGACUUCCUGACGAGAGAAACGCACGCAGUGAUCAGGCCGCUGUACAGGCAAUGGGCCUACGCACACCUCGUGAAGCCGCUCUACAGGCUGGCCCUCCCCGCCAGCAGGGCAUCCCCGCAGGCCGAGAACUACACCGUGUCGAUCCUGUCGAUCCUCAAGCACUGCCCCUUCACAGUCUACGGCGACGACGUCGGCCCGCUCGUGCGCCUGCUCAUCACCUCCCUCCUCGAGAUCCACACCCCCCGCGACGUCCUCGCAGCCCUGCAGAUCCUCCACAAGGUCCUGCGCCACGACCCCGACGCCGUGCGGGACCACCUCAAGGCCAUCAUCGAGGCGGUCGUCAAGGUCCACGCCCUCGCCUCCUCGCCCGGCGACCAGCAGCAGCAGCAGCAGCCGGGGGCGCGCGACGGGACGAACCCCGCGGCCUGCAGGAGGCUGGUCCUGCAGCUCCUGGCCGAGCUGCCGGGCAGGUUCGAGGAGAGGCACCUGCUGCCCCACUCGCCGCGGAUGCAGCGCAUGCUGGCCGCGGCGAGCGGCGAUCCCGUCCGGGAGGUGCGUAGGGCUGCGCUCGUGGCGAGGGAGAGCUGGGUGAAGCUUGCCUGAUUGGGGGGGGGGGGGGUUCCCUACUCCUUCGGCUGCAGUGUGUGGUGUUCUGCUGGGAAGGCAGUGUUUAUGGUUGGGGGUUCGUGCAUUAGGGGGGUUGUUCCGGGAAUGGGCUCUGUCAUAGAUGGGUGGAUUGGUCCGUACUGUAUCUCCACAGGGCGGAAACGCGAUGGGUAAGAACGUAGAACUUGUCCCAUACCAGGAUACGCCACUCCUGGCGGAUACAAGAGAUGCAUAGCAAAUCACGCUCCUCACAGGAAGUGGGUAUCUCCGUCUUAUUUACUCGCUCUCGCUGUGAACUUUCUGCUAUUUCCCAAGUGCCAGGAGAAGCCAGAGACGCAUCAAAUAGCAACCAUAUCCCGGAUAAAGCGCCAUGCACCCCCAUAAAACCUCCUCCCCCUUUUCCCUGCCACCUACAGUCCACCCGCCCGAACCUUCGCCUACCC